AUGAGCAGACUUUCUUCGAAAGAUGGCACCCCCAUCCUGGACUGGGGCUGUGGCACUGGAGAGCCCUCCACGGAAGAGAACGCAGGGACGGUGCAGGAGUUGGCGCCCGCCGGGGUGGUGGCCGUCGAGGAGUACGAGGACCGGGACCCGUCGAGGAUCAACCAGCACUUGCAGCUCCUGUGGGAGGACGUGGUGGCCGAGCCCGACGGCGUCCGCUCGCCCGACGUCACCUGGCGGGGCUCCGCGAGGCUGUUCCGGCUGACGCGUGACAUCGUGUACACGUCGCUGUCCUGCGUGCUGGGGCCGCCCGUCGCCGUCGUCCUGGGCGGCGGGUUCGCCGUCAUCGCCUUCGUGUACAUCUGGUGCGUGUCGCCGACCCUCCGCGCGUGCCGCGUGGCGCUCGGCGCCCUCAACACCCUCGUGCGCGCCGUCACCCACGCCACCCUGGCGCCCGUCACCGAGGCGCUGGGCUUCGUGUGCGCCAACAUCCGCGUGCGCCUGCAGCAGGGCGACGCCGAGGCCGCGCGCCCGCUCCUCGCCUAG